AUGGCGCUGGACCACGGCGCGUCCGGGCCCGGGAGUCGCAGGCCCCGCUGCUGUACGCGGUGCCGCCAGGCGGCCCCGAGGCGCGGCCGGAGCGGCGGCGCUGCGGCCGCUGCGGCGGCCGGCUGCUGGCCAGGCCGAGGCUCGCCUACGUGGAGUGGCGGCGGCACAUGCUGUGCGCCGUGGCGCGGCCGCGUGAGGCGGCCGAGGCCGCGGUCGCUGCUGUGCGAAUGUUCCGCCGCGCGCCUUCUCCGCGGCGCGGCCGCGCCGCGGCCGGCCCCCGCGCGCCGCGAGCGCGAGCUGGGCCUGGCGUCUGCAGGAGGCGCUGGCGCCGGCCGUGCGCCUGGCCGAUACCCGCGCGCGCCUGGAGCGACUGCGCUCGUGCUGCAGGACGCGGUCGGCGCUCGCGGCCGCGCUCCCGCCCCGCCCUGGCGCUGGCCGACGCGGGCGUGGAGAUGUUUCGACCUGGUGGUGGGGCGGCCUGUGCGCGCGCCCGGGCCGCGGCGCCUGGCUGCUGCAGCCAGCGAGGCCGAGGAGCGCGCGCCGCGCCGCCUCACCGGCCUCAUGCCCGCUCAACCAGGUGGCCGGGCUGCUGGACGCCAGGGCGGGCCGCCCGAGAGCUGGGCCCAGGCCGUGCGCCUCGGCCUGGAGGCUGCAGCGCCUCUACCCGUGCUGCGCCGAGCGCUGCUGCGCAGCGCCCAGCGCGGCGGCCGAGGGCCGCGGGCCGGGGGCCAGCGCCUGAGCCCGCCGGCCCAGCCCUUCCCAGGGGAACUGGUCCCACCCGUCCUCAGAUGA